GUCCAAGGUUCAUUAUUGAAGACUGAUGUUGAAAAAAUAAGACCAAUAGAAUGAAAUCAUAAUAAUAAAACCUCCUAUGAAGAAACUGCAUAGUGAGAGAACUAGACAUCAAAGAAAAUGAUAGCAGAAAGCCACCUUUCGCUAAUGAACACGUACGACGACCUUCAAAUCGGCGGCGUGGAGGUCAAGACUCGAGUGGUCGACGACGCAAAGCUUGUGCCGGCAGCUCUGGCAGAGCUGGGGGUCGGCGGAGACGGCGGAACACAUCCCAUCGUUGGGGUGGACGUGAAGGUAUCCUCGAAUCUGUUCGGAAGGGGCAGAAGAUGCGAUCUGUUGGUCCUAUGCACCGGAUCCAACUGCCUAAUCCUGCAAUUGGAUCCCAUGAGACGCCGAGAUUCUGCCCUUCGAUCAGUCGCUAAGUUGCUGGGUGUUAACGAUGUUUCUUUUGUGUGUCCGAAUGGAUUUUUGAAGAGGACUCGUGGUCUGUCAUUGUUUCCAAACGCUGGUUACCCCGACUGCUGUGACUGCUCGGAGAUUAAGGCUGUUGAGGUCGGUGAGUACGCAGCCAGGGCUCUGAAAAAUCCCAAGCUUCUCAAGUGUGAAUCGUUUAAGAAGCUGGGGAAGAAAACAGGGGUGGACCUCACUCCUACCACUUCCAGUAAUGGUAAGAUAGUCAAGCGGCGACCAAAGUGGGACGCUGGGGUCUUCUCGAAGGAGGAAGUACUCGCUGUUAUGUAUGAUGCUGUUGCCUCCUACCGGAUUGUCAACAAGCUUCUCCAAGUCUAGAGCUAAUUCUAUUACUAGUAUUAUGUUAUGGUUAUUUUAUAGCCUCAACUCUAAUUUCCUGUGUAAUUUAUGCUUCUAUUGCGGUCGGUUAUGGCAUUCUUAGCUUUGUUGAAUUAUGUCAAUGAUGUUGUAAGUAAUAAAAUCUCCACCUUUGGGAGUCUCUCUUUCGGCUCAGCAGAUUUAUCUUUUACCAAAAAUAUUA